GUCACAGACUAUACAGACAGUCACAAGAGUUAGUUUUACAUCGGUGCGUAGUGCGGACGCGCGCGUUUUGCAAUAUUUUCCCGCCAUCUAUUUUGACAGUUCAGUGUUUGUUCUUUUUAAUAAUUGAAAUUGUAAUAUGGCCACGGAAGUGAGCAAAAACAGCGCUGCGCAGACGCUGGUCGACAAGGCGCCAUGGACGGACGAGCAAGGGAUAGCGAUGAAGAUAUACCAGAUUACGAGUUUAGUCUUCGAGGUGUUCAUCUUGUACCUCAAGAUGACCUGUACCUGGAUCUAUUCUUACUACCAGCUCUUCGUGCCCCCAGAACCGAAGAGCGUUAAAGGAGAAAUUAUAUUGAUAACAGGAGCUGGGCACGGUAUGGGUCGGGAGACAGCACUCCGUUUCGCCAGGCUGGGGGGGAUCCUGGUCUGUGUGGACAUAAACCCUACUGGAAACCAGACGACAGUCGACAUGAUCAAGGAGGAGAAAGGACAGGCUUACAGAUAUGAAUGUGACGUUACCAACCGGGAGGCUGUGCUGGCGUUGGGGGAGAGGGUCCGGCGGGAGGUCGGCGACGUCACGAUGCUCAUCAACAAUGCUGGCAUCAUGCCCUGCAAGGCUCUAAGGGACACUUCAGAGAAGGAGAUCAGGGCUCUGUUCGAAGUCAACAUAAUUGCUCACUUCUGGCUUCUCCAAACCUUCUUGCCAGCGAUGAUGGAGAGGAACCACGGCCACAUAGUCGCCAUGUCAUCAAUGGCUGGGGUCAUGGGACUCCGGAACUUGGUGCCGUACUGCGCCACCAAGUUUGCAGUGCGAGGCAUGAUGGAAGCCUUACAUGAGGAGCUGAGAGAAGAUAUUAGGGAUUACAGUGGUAUAAAACUAACAGUCAUCUGUCCGUACAUCGUCGACACUGGCCUCUGCAAGAACCCCAAGAUUAAAUUCCCAUCUCUUCUCAAGAUUGUCACUCCUGAUAAAGCUGCAGAUGAUAUCGUUGAUGCCGUACGAAGGAAUUACUAUGAGAUUACCAUUCCUAGCUCACUCUACUAUAUUAACCUGUUUUGUCGAGCGAUGCCCCGCGCUGUGCCAUUGCAUUUGAAAGACUUCUUAGAUUCAGGGCUCGAGGCUGAAUAAUAAUAAGGGCUUAAUUAGUCUCCAAAGUAGGUAUGAUUUACAUUUAAGGAAAUAAUAAUAAACCAUAAAAAAGGCACAAAUAUUUGAAACAAUAAUAUUCAUAGAUAUUAAUAAUUUCGUAGAUAUGUAGGUAUAAUGUUAUGUCAUUAUUUUCCACAAAAUUGCAUUUUUAGAAAAUGUGAAAUAAUUUCUAGAAAUAUGAUUGUUGAUUGUAAAUUCAAUAUAUACUCAUAUUUUUCCUUGUUGAAAAUAAAAUUACGAGUAUUUAUAAGAAUUAAAUAUAUACCAUGGCCUUAAUAUGCUUUUACGAAAAUUUUAUUGUUUAAGUUUUGUCUGUCCACAGUCUAUGAAAAUUCCUGUAAUAUAAUUAUAGAUGUUUUGUUUUAUAUUUCGUAUUACAUUGCAUUUUUCAGCAUGUCUUAAAAUUAUGUUCUUCCUGUUAUAAGACUUAAAAUAAGAAUACUAAUUAAGCGAUAUAUUGUAAGUGUUGGGUGUAUUUUUAUUAGUUGUAAGUGAAUUGUGUGUAUUUUGUGAAAAUGGUUUUAUAAAAUUCUUUUAAAAUAACCACGUUAAGCUCCAUACAAUUUUUGUACCAACGUUUAUUCCUAAUUAAAAAAAACAGUCUUUCUUUGUAAUAAUAAGUAUGGGUAAAUUAAACAGGUAAUUAUUGCUUUUGGUUCUUCUUCCCCCUGGCUUUAGUCCCGGGUGUAUCCUCACCUCUCUGGAGAGGAGCCCGGGGCAUGCCUUUGACCAUGCAUGCUAUUUGUUAUAAGUAUGUAUUAUAUCUAGAAUAUUACAGUUUAUCAACAAUAACAAUUUAGAUGUUUUAACUCUUUUUUUAUAUUAGUUAUAUAAAAAUAUAUUUAACAAAAAAUAAAAGAGUAAAAUUAUCUGUAGACAUAUUAAAUUUAUUUUUUAAAAUACAUUUUAAAAAAGGGUUUAGCUAAGCAAAUUAUGAAUCUGGUGGAUAGUUUUCACCGUAUAAAAUACGGAAUCCUACUUGACUAUGGCCAAAAAUAAUUGUUAUUAAAAAAUAAGCCAUACAAUUAUAGCAUUUCGAUCAUUUUUUCUUGCCGUAUAAUACCAACUUUUGAUAAAAAAAUAAAUAAAUAAAUUGAUGCAUGUGCCAUUUUUUAAAACCGACAUCACUAACAAUUUUAUGUAUGUUAAUAAUGUUAAAUAUUUUGUUAUGUGAUAAUUAAAACUUCAAUAUAAGGUGGUUGUGAUGUUAUCUAAGUUGUACAUGAAAUAAAUGUGAUAU